AAAUUUAUCGAAUACAAAAAAUGGAAAACCCCGAAAAAACAGUAAUUGACCUUGUUUACAUGUCUGUUCACAAAUACAAUUCGACAGUCCACUCUAGUACAAAAUUCACCCCAUAUGAAGUAAUACUCCCAUCUAGCAGAUCUCAGACAAUAGUCGAGAGAACCUUUAAAAACCUUACUACAAAACAAGCAAAGGAUUUGUCCUUUCACAACAAAAAUAAAAAGAACAUAUUAAUUGACAAUGAUAUAGACGCUUUUGAAAGGACUCGACGAAGAGUCAAACACAGCAACCGAUACAAGAAAAUUAAUAUUUCAAAGGUUAAUAAAAGUACUGUUGAAACUAACGACGGACGACGUAUUCACAAAAAUGAUAUCAAAAUCAGGAAUACCUAAAUUUUAUCCUCUUCAUCUACUUUUCAGACUCCUGCUACUAUUCAUUAUUCGACCCAUAGUGCUGGAAACGAAACAUGACGUGAAAAUUCAUCUACAGAACUUAGGACGACAACCUAUCCUGAUAUUUCACCAAGGAGAAGGACGACUCAGACUGGACUACAAAUAUUAUAUACACCAUUUUAAUCUCACCAUCAUUAGAACACAAAUCAAAGGCCUCAGAGAUCAAUUUGAUAACUUUAGCAAAAACCAGUUCACGGAUUUAAUAGUUGAAAAAUUUAACGAAAUAGAUUUCGCUUUAAAAAGCAUAGACCCAAUUAGAAGACAUAAGCGCUGGGAUAGUUUAGGUGCGAUUUGGAAAUUCUUAGCUGGUAGCCCAGACGCCAACGAUUUGAAAAUUAUAAAUUCAUCCAGAAAUAAUCUCAUCAUUAAUAAUAAUGAACAAGUAAAAAUAAAUCGCGAAGUUAAUUUACAACUAAAAGAGGCUAUAUUUCAAACAAAAAAAGCAAUACAGUUAUUUAACGUUAGAUCAAUAGAAAUGUACUGUACUAAACUCUUAUUUCACUUGAAUUUCUUGUCUGAAAAACUAAAUCAAAUUAUUAAUACUAUAAUGCUAGCUAAAUUAGGAUUAGUUAAUGAACAAAUUUUAAGCCAAAGAGAAAUUGACAUUUUAAUUACAGACUUAGCUAGGGAAAAUAUUACAGUUCACACUGCUGUGGAGGCAACAAAUUAUGCGACGACGUCGGUAGCAUCGAAUAACUUAGAGAUUGCCCUUAUCAUCAAGAUGCCAAAGCUAGACCCAAGGAUUUUCAACAAGAUACGUCUAUACCCCAUCAUACACAACAAUAAGAAAGUACAUACACUCCAUCAGCUUUAUCUAUCCCACGAUGAUGAAAUUUACCGAAUAGGUUCAAUCGAACCAACCAUAUUCGCUACACACGAAAUUCAGCUGGAUAAUACAACUUGUAUACCGAAAUUGUUAAAAGGAGAACCUGCGACUUGCAAUUACACAUCAAACCCAAUCGAAGAAGAAGUCCUUUACCUUGACGAGCGACAUAUACUUAUAAACACGAUGAAAAAUUUCACUUUAUCAUCUAACUGCGGAAUAACUCAAAGGAAUCUUUCAGGAUCAUUUGUUAUAUUCUUCAGCAACUGUCAACUAUACGUCAACAACGUUUUAUACACAUCGAGAGUACAAACCUUACCAGAAUACAUCAAUGAAACCGGAAGCAGUACAACUACCAUUGGACAACAUCCGACCCACGUUCAGGACUUUGUCAAUCAGAGACGUGAUUCAGAUGGAACCGAAUCACUAAAAGGGGGACGAGUUAGCAACGAUCCCGAUCACCUACAUUCUUACACCAGCGGCAUGACGUACCACAUGUUGAAAACAUCAACAACCCGGACCACCAACAUGCACCGAGUCACCAACCACCACCGAGCCAGCGACGCGACGCACCACAUGCUGAUGUUAGCAUUACUGAUUUUUGGGCAGCAUGUGUUUACAAACAUGUGUUGUUUUUCAUUCUCAGACCGAUCCAGGACAAUAGGCCACUUUGUUUAGCAUAAAUAAUCUACAUUUGAAAACGAACUGUACCUUUUUAAACUCAGACAAGAAAUAAAGAAUCAGAGUUAUUUUGUGACCCUAACUGUAUAGAUGUUUAACUCGCGUUCACUGGAAAUAAUCUGAGCGAUGAAGGUUCUGAAUUGCGUUGACGACAACAGAUAAGAUGAGACAAUGUGGCUGGACAGGGACGCAGUUUAAGAACUUUUGAA